AUGUCCCGCCGGGGGCCCGCGCAGGUGUCGGGCAGCCUCCGGCAGAAGGCAGUGCCGGGCAUGGCCCCGUCGGAGCUGCAGGAGCUGCAGAGCCGCACGGAGCGAGCGGAGCGGCGGCUCCUGGCCUGCGAGAACCUGGUCGGGGAGCUGGGCAGCGGCCUGGCCGCCCUGGGCACCGUCCUGCAGGGCUACGGGCAGCUGCAGCAGCGCCUGCUCAACCUGGAGAACCUCCUCAAGAACAGGAACUUCUGGAUCCUGCGCCUGCCCCCCACCUCCAGAGGGGAGAUCCCCAAGGUGCCGCUCACCUUCGAUGAUAUCUCGGUGUAUUUCAAUGAGCUGGAGUGGGAGAGGCUGGAGCGCUGGCAGAAGGAUCUGUACAGGGCCGUGAUGAGGGGCAACUACGAGACCUUGGUGUCCCUGGACUACGCCGUGUCCAAGCCUGACAUCCUGUCCCGGAUAGAGAGGGAUGAAGAGCUCAGUGACAAAGAGGGUCAGGAGCCCCCAUGGACACGGUCUGGGGAUGAUCAGGAGCCCCUCCAGGCAGCAGAAGAGAUGGACAAGGCGGAUGAGGCUCCAGGAGAUGAAACCCCCAUGGAAGCUGCCCCAGAUGGUGCCAAGUCCAAGCCCAAUGGCCGGACCUGCAUCAAGAGGGAUGAAGAGACCAGCAACGAAAAGGGUCCAGAACCCUCAUGGACACAGAAUGGGGACAGCCAGAAAACCCUACAGAUACAGACUGGACACAGCCAGGAACCCCCAGAGACACAGACUGGGAACAGCCCAAAAUCCCCACGGACACGGAGUGGGAACAGCCAAAAAACCCCACAGACCCAGACUAGAGACAGCCAGAACCCCCCACAGACACAGAUUAGGGACAGCCCAAAGUCCUCAUGGACACGGAGUGGGAACAGCCAGAAAACCCCACAGACACAGACUGGGGACAGCCAGAACCCCCCACAAACACACACUAGGGACAGCCCAAAGUCCUCAUGGACACGGAGUGGGAACAGCCAGAAAACCCUGCAGACACAGACUGAGGACAGCCCAAAAACCCCAUGGACACAGAAUGGGGACAGCCCUAAGUCCACAUGGACACGGAGUGGGAACAGCCAGAAAACCCUACAGAUAGAGACUGAAGACAGCCAGAACCCCCCACAGACACAGACUGGGGACAGCCCUAAGUCCACAUGGACACGGAGUGGGAACAGCCCAAAGUCCCCAAGGACACAGAUUGAGAACAGCCCAAAGUCCCCAAGGACACAGAGUGGGAACAGCCCAAAACUCCCACGGACACAGAUUGGGAACAGCCCGAAGUCCCCACAGGCACACACUGGGGACAGCCAGACACUGCCUCAGACACAGACUGGGGACCCCCAGACAGGUGCCCCCAACAAUCAGAAGCCCCCACAGACACCAGAAGAGAUGGAGCAGCAGGAAGAGGCUUUGGGAGAGGAUGCCAUGCCCACAGAAGCUGGCCCAGAAUUCCCCAUCCUGAUGAUGAACGUGAUGUCCCUGGGGGACCAUCAGCCAGGGAUGGUGGCAGAGGAGGACCUGGAGAUGGAGGAGGACCCGGCAGAGCCUGACACUGAGGAAGCCUCACCCAUGGAAGAUGAAACGCUGUGCGAAGGGGCUGCUCCCGGGGACAUCAAGGUGAAGGAAGAGGAGCCUGAGCUGCUGGCAGAGGAAUCCACACCCUCUCCCGGCUCAGAGAUCCAGAAAUGUCCCAAAAACGAGCUGGUGAAAGCCAAGAGCAAGAAGAAGCCGAACCGGUGCGAGACCAGCAACCUCCUGAUGGGCAACUGCCGGCGCGGGUACGUGCGGGAAUGGUCCCAUCCCUGCACGGAGUGCGGGAAGCGCUUCCGCCUCAAGAUCAACCUCAUCAUCCACCAGCGCAGCCACGCCAAGGAGGGGCCCUACGAGUGCCCCGUGUGUGAGAUCGGCUUCAGCAACAAACGGCACCUGGACCUUCACCGCAGCAUCCACGUCAAGGACAGGGCCUUCGGGGCCAAGGUCUGGGGCAACGUCCACCCCGAGCUGCGCAUCCGCCCGCGCAGGGACCUGUGCGGUGGCACCCACGGGCUGGGCAGCGCUGGCCACGCUGGGGGAGCCUGGCUGGGCCAGCCCAAGGAGGAGCCGGACAGAGAGGGCCUGCCUGGCUCCGGGUUCACGCGGCCGCCCGAUUCCAGGGUGAAGUGUCCCUACUGCAAGAAGUUCCUGUCCUGCUCCAUGUCGCUGCGGCGGCACCUGCAGACCCACGCGCGGGACCGGCCCUACUGCUGCAGCUCCUGCAACAAGUGUUUCACCCGCAGCAAUCACCUCCUGCGCCACAAGAAGAUCCACGAGCGGGCUCUGGCCGCGCUCCAGAGGGAGGCCAACGCCCAGCCCCCUGCCGCUAUCCCGGCAUCCCUGCAGCACGGGGCUCCCGAGGCCGACAGGAGCCUUUCCCAAGGGAAAGGCAGCCCUGAGGCUGCAAAACCGAGCCUGCCCAAUGUGCUGCUGUUGGGAGCGACACCACUGGAGAGCCCGGGCAAAGGCUCCCCGCUCCCUGACUGCAUCAGGAAAGCCGUGCAGCCCGUAGUCCAGCUGGGAUCGAGGGCAGUGGCUUCAGAAAUGACCCUGGGACAGAUCUGA